UACACCAGAUAGAAGGCACGUAAGGCGAGGUGAGGCAAGGCGAUCGGCAGCAUCAACCAGAACCGUUCGAUCAUCAGCUGUCUUCAGCUUCAGAGUCCACCAUGGCUCCUGAUGAGUUUGCUGGCGGGACAGUGGUGGCCUGUGUGAUCCUGGGCCUGUCGUUCCUGGUGGGGGUCCCGGGGAACCUGCUGGUGAUCUGGACCAUCCUGAGGCACGUCCAGCAGCGCUCCCACACCGUGGUGCUCAUCCUCCAGCUGGCUGCUGCAGACCUGCUGGUGCUCAUCACNACCGUGGUGCUCAUCCUCCAGCUGGCUGCUGCAGACCUGCUGGUGCUCAUCACCCUGCCCCUGUGGAUCUACUCCCUGGCCCGCUCCUGGGUGUUCGGGGAGGCAUUCUGUAAGGCCAUGGUGUACGUCAUCAACACCUGCAUGUACAGCAGCGUCUUCCUCAUCACCCUCAUGAGCGUCGAGCGCUUUGUCGCUGUGCGACACCCCUUUGCCUCAGCCGGCUGGAAGAGGAAGAAGGCCUUGAAUAAAGUUCUUAUUGUUCUGUGGGCUGCUGCGUUCCUAUUCAGCACCCCGGUCUUUCCCACCCAGGUGGUGGAGGGGSACCCUGGGGAGGAGCAUUGRCUGUACAGGGACUACACCUCAGACYGCCAGGAGGCAGUGUGUGUUCUACUGGAGACGCUGGUGGGCUUUGCUGUCCCCUUUUGCAUUCUUGUCGUCUGCUACAGCUGUCUCUACAGCCGCAUCGCACAGAUGACCUUUAAGUCCAAGCGUAAGUCCAUGGGGUUGAUUGCAAGCAUGGUAGUGGUGUUCGCAUUAUGCUGGACCCCUCACCACGUCGGCAACGUGCUCUCCCUCGUCAUCCUCACCAUCAAGGGGUCCCACCGCGAGGCCGCAGCACGUAUAGAGAGCGUCAGAACCACCAUGACUUUCAUCGCUGGAGCGCUCGUGUUCAUCAGUAGUUCGGUCAACCCUUUGCUCUAUGUGUUUGUGGCGCGUACGUUCCGGAGUUCCCUGAGGGAGACAGGCAUUCAGAAAUUGUUCCGGCACAUCUCAAGCACAGCUCCCGGAGAGGGGACUAAAGAACUGUCCUUUGUGACCAAGAGACCAAGCAUCUCUCAGAAACAGAGCCACAGCUCACAGUGUGUCACAGAGCCUAAGGAACAAAUGGAUGUACUUCUAAAUAUAUGUGAAAAUGUUUCUUCCUGAGAUUGAAAACGAUGUUUAUCAUAUGUUUUUGAUAAAGAUUUUUGUGUGUAAAUUACAAAGUUUGAUUUGUCACAUUGUUUCUAUAUGUUAAUUAACUUAAAAUGUAGAAAAGCAAUUGUUAGUAAUGUUUAUGUCAAACAUAAUGCAUAUAAAAACAUUAAAAUAGGUUCUGUAUAUAA